AUGUCGGAGCUCCCUUUGCGAGCUCCCGAACGACGGAUUCAGACAAAUCCCUACGAUGUGGAUGCGUGGAAUCUUUUACUUCGAGAAUCUCAGGUUUGUUGAUGAAUUUUCUAGCUUUGACAUUUCAUUUUUUCUUUCUCUUGUAAAUGUAAAUUUGCUGUAGAAUCGCCCAAUUGAUGAAGCGCGAUCUUUUUACGAAAGUUUGGUGAAGCAGUUCCCGAAUUCAGGCCGUUAUUGGAAGGCCUACAUCGAACAUGAGGUAUUUUUUUGGAAGAAAGUUUUUGCUCAUAGUGUGACAGAGUAGAUGAUGAAGCGUUAACUUAUUGCAGUCGCGCUUGAUUUCUGCGCUCAGCAGCUCUGUGGAAAUGGCUAUUUUCUCAUUUCAUGAACAAAUGUAUAUGUUUGAACAUACCCUGAAGACAAUAAAAAUUUUGAGCUCCAGAUAUUUUUAUUGCUUUGUUUGCCGUCUCAUUUCAAUAAACGAUUUCCCGAGAAGACUUGUUAACAAGGCAAAAUGUUCAAAAAAGCUCCCAAUUUACUAAUCUUCAUCAUUUAUCAUUAAUUUUACAGCUGCGGUCGAAAAACUUCGAAAAUGUUGAAAAGGUUAGUGUUCAAGGGAAAUUUUUAGGAACACUCAAUAAUUUCAGCUUUUCAAAAGGUGUUUGGUAACCGUGUUGAACAUAGAUCUCUGGAAAUGCUACAUUCACUAUGUCCACGAAACCAAGGGACAACUCACGAGUUUCAGGUUUGUUUCAGUGGACGAAAUAGAGAAAAUUGAGACUGAGAAUUGUGGAACUGUUCUCACUCAGUUUGGAAAAAGUCACGAAAAGUAUAUUUUAAUAUUGCUGUCAUAAAAUUGGAAAAAAAAAACCCAUCAAUUGAAACUUUUGUCCUUUCAAGCAUUUUUCGGAAUACCUACCGUUUAUAUAUUUCCUAAUCGUCUGAAAAUUUUCAAUUGAAUAGGCUGAUAAUUUUUUUCAACUAAUUAAUCUCACCUUCGUUAUCACUUUUCGAAAAACUGGCCAUUUUUUUAAAGAAACAGAAAGCUUUCAAGUUUAUUUAUACUAUGACCUCAUCACUUGCACCAAGAACAUUUUGAGGAUCAUUUAUACGCCUUUAAAAAUCCCGUUUAUAGUUUGUUUUUCUUUGAAAAAUAACAUUUCUCUACUCAGAGAGAAAAUGGCGCAAGCUUACGACUUCGCCCUGGAAAAAGUUGGCCUGGAUAUGCACUCCUACGCGAUUUACACGGAAUACAUAGCCUUCUUGAAGAAAGUGUAAGUUUCAAGUUUCAUUCCAAGCUGAUAAGGCUGUUUCAGCCCGGCAGUUGGCCAAUAUGCAGAGAAUCAGCGGAUCACGGCGGUCCGUCGCGUUUAUCAACGGGCUCUCCUCACUCCGAUGCACAAUAUCGACACGCUCUGGAACGAUUACUGUUCCUACGAGAAAUCCGUCAACAACACGCUCGCCGAGAAGCUCAUCUCUGAGAGGAACAAGGACUACGCGGUUUGGUUUUACCUCCAUCUAAAAAAACAACAUCGCGAAAUGAAAAAUUCUCUAUCUUUACAAGGCAAUUGUGGGAAAAUGUUCAAAAAAGCUCAAAAAUCGAUUUUCAAAACGCCGGCUGUUAAUCACUGUAUCAUAAGAAACACAAAAACCCCGAAGAAAAUCCGUUUUUGAGCUUUACUCUUAAAAAUUUCGACAGGCUUUUUCUCAGUACCCUAUGGCGAUUAAAAGAUGAUUUUUUUUGUUUUCGAAUACUCCACAAAAGUUUGAAGCACGUCUGUGAUGCCGACCUCACACACUUCCCUCGUCAGAAUUUAGAUUUUUCACUACUAUAGUACUUUUUGAAAACGUAAUCAAGUUUCUGAUAAGUAAACCCACAAACCGAGCAGAGACGGAUUUUGUUUCACUUUUAGUUCUUUUGCGUAGAAUUCUCAGGGAUAUAGUCUUUGGUUAAUGUGCCUUUGAAACUUGCCAAUAUUUUCUUUAGUGAAAGUUCAAAAUUUAAAGUUGGAACUUUUCUUCCUCACUUCGUUGAUGCUUUUCGCUUCUUGUGUGUUGAAGAAUCGGAUAAAUUUCCUUCAGCUAUGUUUUUAAUCUUGAAAAUAACUGUUCUUGGUGUUAACUUCAGUUGAUGUACAUUUGAGGCUUUUUCGAAGUUCUUUGAAUUUUAAGAAUUUAAAAAAAUUUGAAAAAUUUGAUAUGUCUCCAUAGUCUUUUUCGUUUCAAGCAUGAAAGUUGAGAAAUCAUUUUAGUGAAAAAAAUUUGUUUGACUAAUUUUCAGGUCUCCAAAAGAGUUGAGAAACAAAUGGAAAUUAUGACGCGCGGGUUGAACAGACAAGCCGUCUCGGUUCCUUCUCGCGGCACGGCGACUGAACUCAAACAGGUAUUCGUUUAGGAGAAAGAGAAUAUUGAGAAGAAUCUCAGUGAAAUAUAAUAUUAACAUUUUUUGAGAAAAUGAGUACCCCAGACAAGGUUUUUUGGAAAAAUAGCUCAAGAUUUUGAGAUUUUAGUGUAAAAGAAGUGUAUUGCCGCCUGAUAGGUUUAAGUUAGUAUCAAGAUUUAUAUAUUAAUAUUUUUCCUUCCUCUAAAAAAGGAUACUUGAACCAAGCUUCCGUUUCCCGAUAAUUAAUCAAGAUUUUCAGGUGGAAAUGUGGAAGAAGUAUAUUGCCUGGGAGCGCGGAAACCCGAUGGAAACUGAGGAAUAUGGAUCGUUUGCCAAGCGAGGUUCAAACUUUCUCUUGUAAAACUUUUCAAGAGUUUUUCCAGUUGUCUAUGCCUACGAGCAGGCUCUUCUCUGCCUCGGCUAUUAUCCGGACAUUUGGUACGAAGCCGCCUUGUUUCUGCAAGAAGCCAGCAAGAAGUUGACGGAUAAAGGCGACGUCAAGCUCGGGCAGUUCAUGACCCAGGAAACUCUUCGUUGGUUUUGCAUUUACCAUUAUAUUUUGUAUCGUGUCAGUUCCUUUGAAAUAAGUUUUUCGGAGAGGAUAAGAUUGGAUUUUGAGUUUUUUCGCUGUGUUCGAAGUAGUUUUAGAUUUCGAACUCGACGUGUUUCUCGAUUUUGUGAAACAAGCAAAAGAAAUUUGUUCGGGAGUUUAAAAAAAAACUGGGUCCUACAACGGUAUUUUGGGAAUAUGGGACUUUUAGGUGUGAGUUUGAAAUUUUAGUCAAAAAUGCUCUAAUAAUUUUAAAAUGUUUCGUUUUGCGCCCAAAAGUUACUAUCUCGUUUGAAGACCCGGUUUUUUUCACGGCCAAAACCAGAAAUUCCAAUUUCGCUCUACUUUCUUUGAAAUUCUCGAAACUUACUUAACCACGGCGUAAAGAAGGGCAUUGAGGCAUAUCUGAAUAAUUUUUUCAUUGUCGAAUUUUUUCCACCGUUUCAUUUGAAUUAAAAAUAAUUAUUCGGAAAUUUUAAAUAGUUUUUGAUUACACAGCCGUUAUUGGUUCCAUAGUUUGAUAAUUUCGAGCAAAAAAUAUGAUUCUGUUUCAAUUUUUCGAGAUUCACGUUUUGCGACCCUUCAAAAGUGUUACCGGAACUUUGGAAAGUAGAUGAAGUUCAGAACUCUUCGAACGGGCUAUCAACGGGCUGAUGAAGGAGUCAAAACUCUUGUACUACGCCUACGCCGACUUCGAAGAGCAGCGGAUGAAGUUCGACAACGUCAAGAAGAUCUACGACAAAAUCAUCGCCAUUGAUCAUAUCGAUCCGACUUUGGUUAGUUUUGGAUUGGUUUUUAAUUUGUUUUUGCCAAAUUCGACAUUUUGCAUUUGUUAUUCUUGAAACUCUUGUUAUACUAUACAAAAAAAUUUCGUCAAAGAAUCUGUUUUUUUCCCGCUUUCAUGAUAGUCCGGAAGGCAGAAGAGUCUCAAAGAUCUUCGAAAUUUCAAAUCGAAAAACUACUUUUACCGGCUUCUUUUCAGUUUUUUUCUUUUUUUGGAAUAAUUGUUUAUGGGGCUUUUUCAUGAAAAAAAGACUGUAAAAAAAGCACUAGGGAGACCUUUUAAGAUCAUUUUAUCGAUCGAAAUCUUUUUAUAUCUUGUUUAUUAUUUUUUUACAGAGCAAACCAUGGUUUUUUUCUGUUGUUUCAGCCUCUUUUUUUAGACAUAUAUUCACAACAUGCGGUUUGCUCGACGCGUAGAAGGAGUCAAUGCGGCGAGAACCGUGUUCAAAAAAGCUCGCGAAGACAAAAGAUGCGGUCAUCAGGUUUUCGUCGCGGCGGCCAUCAUGGAAUAUUAUUGCGGGAAGGUCCAUUAUUUACUUUUUUUAAAUCAUCAAAUUAAGACAUUUAUGGAUAACUGAAAAAUAAUUCUGUAUGAAAACUACUUCUGAAGGUUUGAGUUGUGAGGAAGAAUAAAUAUUUGUAGAAAAACUAUGAAAAAGUUUUUGAAUUUUCUCAAAAAUUUUUUUCUCCAGUUUCCAUUAAGUCAAGAAAAAUAGAAAAAAUGUAUUUUUCUCGAAAAGUAGCGCAGUUUCAGGACAAGACGGUUGCUCAAAGAGUUUUCGAUUACGGGUUGAAAAAGUACGGGAACGAUUCGGAGUUUGACAGGGCUUAUGUCGAGUUUCUCAUGCAUUUGAAUGGUUUGAAAAAUCUUUUCUUGAAAUUGAAACUCAAGCUUUUCAGAGGACAACAAUACGCGGGUUGUUUUUGAGCGCAUUCUGACCUCCUCAACCCUUCCGACGGAGAAGUCGACGUGGGAUUUUUUUUUAUAGAAAAAUGAUUUUUUUUUAUUUGGACCAUGCUUGGGUAUCAUGGGAAAAGUUGAUAUUUUCCGGAAAAAUGAAGUUUUUUUAGUUUAAAGAAAAAAAUAUUCAACUUUUUUUGACUGCACAGAGAAUGGCUUAACAUGUUGUAGUUCAGUUCAAAAAAAAAAUUGGAAUUAAAAUUGAAAAAAGCUCACUUUUUCUGUGAGAAAGUUGCUAAUAGCCGAACACGAAAAACAUUCUUUUUUUCUAGUCAAUGGCCCUUUGAUUAAACCAUUCCCUUUGCGACCACUAUUUUUUCCAAUUUGAGCAGGAUCGACUGCAAGUUCCCAUAUCUCUUUCAGGCCAAUUUGGGACCGAUACUUGGAUUUUGAAUCAAUUGUCGGCGAUUUGGCAAGCAUUUUGAAAGUGGAACAACGGAGAAAAGAAGCUUAUAACAAUGGCUCGGAUGUUGUUAACAAUUCCAUGCUGGUCAUUGAUAGGUAAUUUUGAAAAGAGAUUUUUCAGUAAAACCAUGAAAUUUUCAAGGUACAAGUUCAUGAACUUGAUGCCGUGCAGCAGCGAUCAGUUGAGAUUGAUUGGAUAUACUGAAGAGGUAAUUCGAAAUAUGCGGUUUCAAUCGAAAUUUACGAAUUAUAGAGAUUAAACGACUCCGGAAAUUUCUCGACGCCUUCGGCUUCGAAAAGCUCGACUUUGGGCCCUCAAGCGGCCAGUGUCAUUAUGGGCGGCGGUGGGAACGUCGAAAUCGCGAAGUUUGUCAUUUUUUCAAUAAGAGGGUCCCUUAUUCGGCGAUAAAGAUGAGAUUCAGAAGAAAAUCGGGUAUCUACAAAGCAUUUUUCGACUUAUCAGAACGUUAUAAUUGUUAAAGACUCCCUUUGUGAAUAAUCAGUUCUUUUUUCGGAGCUUUAAAAUUUCUGCGUAAUUGAAUAGUCGAUUCACGGAUAACUAGAGAUCAUCAGAGAAGAAAAAAAAAAUGUGGCCUGUCUGCGUCCUCCGCGAACCAGGCACUGGCUCUUUAUCUAUUGUGUCACGAAAUUUUUUCGAUGGCUCAGGAUAGCCGUGAAUCCGCUAAAAAAGACGUCAUUUUUUCGGGAAGAUAUUGAAAAUUUUGACUUUAAAAAGAAUCAAGAUGAGAAAUUUUAUCGGGUUCGAUUGCUUUUCUCAUUUUUUCAUUCAUUUCAUUUCAAUUUUUGAACCGGUUAUAAUGUUUAUACUAUUCAAAUUAUCUUGUAGUAAGAAUGAUAGAAUCUAGGUUUUAGUAGGAUCUAGUGAAUUUAAAAACGAUGUUUUUGAUUCGAACCAUGUUUUCAUGAUGUAUUCGAAUUAUAUCUUUGAAGGCACGGUUUCCCGAGGCCGGACAUCUCGCAGAUGAUCCCGUUCAAGCCGCGAGUCAACACCAGCGCCUCGUAUCACCCAGUUCCCGGAGGUCCAGCUUCUUUUCAAACUUUUAGCAAAGAGUCCAACAUUUACAGGCGUUUUUCCGCCGCCUCCCGCUGCCGCCCACCUCAUGCAAAUGUUGCCGCCGCCGUCGUGCUUCAUGGGCCCUUUCGUGAAUGUCGACCACCUUAUCGGCACCAUCAACAGCUAUCAACUGCCCUCCUCUUUCAUUUGUUCGUUUAUUCUGAUCUCCUGCGAAAAAGUCUAGUGGUCACUCAAGGGGUUCUUCAAUGACUACUUGGACACUAAAGUGGCCACUAAAAUAACCUCUUCAAAAGCCACUAUUUCGCGCAUGAGACCAUUACAUAGUUGUUUGUAUUCUAAAAGUACCACUCAGACUCCUUGAGAGGCCACUAAGCUAUAGUCACUUUAAUGGCCACUAAAACAUCAAAGCACUGAAGUGACCACUAAAAUAACCUCUUUUGAAGCCAUUAUUUCGCGCCUUACUGGCCAAUUGAGUAGUUUUUUAUAUUACCAAUAGUACCAUUUAGACUCCUAAAGAGGCCACCAAGUUUUGGUCACUUAAGCGGUCACUAAAACGUCAAAGCACUAAAGUGGCCAUUGAAACUAUCUCUACAGAAGCCACUUUUUCGCGUCUGAGUGGUCAUAACAGUGGUUUUUAGUAUUCUAGUAGUACCACUCCCUCUAGAGACUCCUAAAAAAAAGCCACUAAUUCACUUAAGUGGUCACUAAAACGUCAAAACGUUAAAGUGGCCACUAAACGUUUUCCCAGUCAAUCUGUGUUCCGAGAAAUCGUGGUGAUUUCAAAACAGACGUUCAAAAUCAACUCAAAAAGUUAUGUUGACGUUCAAGCUUUCACUGAUGAAUCAGCAUUUUGAUAAUAUUGUUUGCUCCACUGCUUUUCCCAACCUUCAGUUUUUUUUUUCGAUUUCACUGAAUUUAACUGUCUCUAAGGUGUAGUAGGUUUGUCGCGAAUCGAAAAGUUUUCCUGCAGGGAAAAUGGCUCAAAAUGGCAAAGCGGCUUUUGCCUACAAGGUUCCAGUUUAGAGCGUUUAGAAAAUUAAGAAAAUCUACCAUUUGACAGAACUUUUCAGGAAAAAGAAACCGUCUUUGAAGUAAAUUCAUUUCCUUUCAGCAAAUGGAAAAGAAAAAGUGGAGAAUGGAACGAUGCUCGGCCCGAUGCUCGUUGAAGACGUCAAGAAAGACUUUUAUCAGUUGUUAGCCACCACGGCGGACCCGAAUGCGGUAACUCCUUCUCCGAGCUUCAUUUCAUCGAUAAUUGCUUCAGGUCGUGAAAUCCUCGGACCUUGCGAACUUGUCGAAACGGAAACGCGUCGAUUCCGAAGACGACGACGACAGCGGCACGGCCAGCGCCUCCCGCGACGUCUACAAACGAAGGAUGAACCAGCGGACCCAAGACUAA